AUAUAUAAGUUCAGAAAAAUUUUUUUUAGUUAAUUAUUGGUUUAAAAAAAACUAAAAAACUAGUUAUCCAUACAAAAAAACAAAACAAUAUGAAUGACUACCGUUUGUCCAACAAAUUCGCGAUACUAUUGUCUAUAGUAUCGACUGUUUGCCUAUCGGUAAACGGUAUCAAACUGUUUGGUCUCUAUAAGGACAUCGAUAAGCUUGAAAGUGACCAGUGUUUCAAAAAAUCUGAAUUAGGACUAUUGGAGUGCGUUAUCGACCGAUUCAAAUGCAAACAACACUCGGAUAAUAAUUCAGUCUACCUGUGCUGCCUAUACUGGACUAUAUUUGAUUGUGCCGAAGCCGUAUCCGAGGAUGUUUGCAAAUGUGGUGAACGUAGUAAAAUGAUCAAGCUGCUCAAUGAUGUCAAAAACGAUCUAAAUGCUAAAUUGUGCAAGCUCACUCCCUAUAGUAAUAAGAAAAAACUUUGCUCAGCAUAUUUUAAUUACUAA